AUGUUUUCAAAACUCGUGACGUUGCUUUUGGUGACAUGCGAGUCACUGGCGGAUAUCCCCCCAGUGUAUCGAUCGCGACCAUAUGACCUGGGCGCGUUCGAUCGAUGGCCUCACCAGCUGUACCACUCAUCCAAUGCCAUUGGGCCUAUCCUAAACAUUCACGAGGAAAAUCCACAGUGUCAUAAUGAGAGCCUUUACACUGUUGUGCCCUACUGGGGAAAGCAGGUGAACGUUCCGGGGGUGUUGCUCCUCGAUGCGGACGGGUAUCUCGUCUGGCACACGACCGGGUAUGUCACAGCGGACAUACAAUCCUACCAAGGAGAAGACUAUAUUGUCUCCCUUUCUGAAGACUCAACCUAUUAUGCAUUGAUAAACUCCCGCUAUGAGGAAGUUUACCAAAUCCGCUCAGGCAAUUCAGGCAAGGGGUGGCACCUCGAUGCGCAUGAGUUAACCCUGACUCCCUCAGGGACAGCACUCCUGGUUAUCAAUGGUGUCUUCGCGGUGAACCAAACGGCUUUCGAGGCACCGCCGGAAGUCGAAUUCCUUAUGGAUACAGGGUUCCAGGAGAUCCACAUCCAGACAGGAGAGGUAUUAUUUGAGUGGCGCGCUUCGGACCAUUAUAGCUUCGAAGAGUACUACCACUUCCAGCCAGGCGAUGGUAGAACCGAAAAAACUGCGCCGGAUCUGUUCCAUGUCAACAGCAUCGAGAAAGACGAUCUCGGCAAUUUCCUCAUCUCCUGUCGAAUGAUGAGCUCCAUUGUCUACGUGGAUGGCCGGACAGGCGCUGUGAUCUGGAAGCUUGGAGGGAAAGGAAAUAUGUUCAAAGACCUAUCUGGUGGUGCAGCGACGGGCUUCAAUGGCCAGCACCAUGCCCGGUUCCACGAAAACGGCCGGAUUGUUUCCAUUUUCGACAACGGGAACUGCCCUGGACGUCCUGUGACGGGUCCAACCCGGGGUCUGACGGUGGUCCUGGACACAGAGAAGAUGACUGUGCAGCUGCAGCAUGAAUACAUCAGUCCGAACACCGUUCUCACAGACAACAGUGGAUCGAUGCAGGUCUUGGAUAGUGGCAAUGUGGUCCUGGGCUUUGGCCCGAACGCGAACUGGGCCGAAUAUGCCUCGGACGGAUCGCUGCUCUGCAAUGUUCAUAUGGGUCCCGAGACGUUCUUCAACAGCGGGGAAAUUCGCUCCUACCGGAUCACGAAGAGUCCCUGGGUUGGUCAUCCUCAGACCAUGCCUGAGGUUGCUGUGGAUGAUGGACGAGUGUAUGUGAGUUGGAACGGAGCUACGGAAGUGUCUAUGUGGUCACUGAAUGGAACCGAUGAGGGUGUCGAGGGUGAAUCAGUCUUCUUGGGGAGAUUCCCUAAAGGCGGCUUUGAGACUGAGAUACCUGUUCCUACCAACGCGACCGGUCGGUAUUUCUUUGUUAGUGCUCUGGAUAGAGCUGGUCGGGUUCUUGGGUCAACUUCUGCAACGCAGUGGCCUUCUAAGCAUAGACAAGGCCUUAUUCACCAAGGUCUUUGA